ACAACUUCCUGUUUCGGGAAGCGCUGAGUUGGGUUCUUGUUCGCUAUCUAGUUAGUAAGCUUGAACGUCCAACAGGACUGCAUAAUAACCCGCGUGUCCGAAUGUGCGUACAGUGUUAAGGAGCAAAAGGUGCGACUUACUGCAUUUAGUGAAACAAUGUCGGACAGUCCGGAUUUUCCACCAAGCGAUGAGCAGAAUUUAGAGAUACAAGACUCUGUUACUAAUUGUUCUUCUGUUGUGAUGAUGGAGGGACAGGGGGAUAGCAUGUUUAAUGACCAACAUUUCUAUUGUGAGAUGUGUCACCAGCACUUCAUUGACCAGUGUGAGGUUCAUGGUCCACCAUUAUUCACAUGUGACUCGCCAACAGCUAUGGGCAUUCCUCAGAGAGCUCUGCUGACACUGCCACAAGGCUUGGUUAUAGGUCGAUCGAGCAUCUCUAAUGCAGGACUUGGGGUUUUCAACCAAGGCGAGACUGUGCCUGUGGGGAUGCAUUUUGGACCUUUUGAUGGAGAGGUGACCUCUCAGGAAAAGGCAUUGGAUAGUGCCUUCUCUUGGGUAAUUUACAGAGGCAAUAAACAAUAUACUUACAUAGAUGCAGAAAGGGACACUCACUCUAACUGGAUGAAGUUUGUGGUGUGCUCAAGGAGUGAGACGGAGCAGAAUCUUGUUGCAUUCCAGCAAAAUGGACGUAUUCUGUUUCGUUGUUGUCGCCCUAUUAGCCCAGGGCAGGAAUUUCGAGUUUGGUAUGCUGAGGAAUAUGCUCAAGGACUUGGCAUCAUCUGGGAUAAGAUCUGGGAUAAAAAAUGCAUUUCUCUAGGAACAACUGAAGAACAGGCAAGUCAGGACUGUCUGUGUCCUUAUUGCCAUUACUCCUUCCCAACCAUUUUUUAUCUGCGUGCUCAUGUGAAGCGCUCGCAUCCCAAUGAGUAUGCACACUUUAUGCAGACACAGCCGCUUGAGUCUGUAAACAUAGACCAGUGCCUUCUGGCCUCUGAUGCAGCUCCUUCAACCCAUAUGCAGCCAAUGAUAGAAAGCUGUCAGAGUCAAAUUUCAACCCUAAAUGGACAACCCAUCCAUCACUCAGAAAAGUCAGACUGCGCUGAUUUGUCUGAUGCAUGCAGUAAUGGUUUGAGUGACCAGACAAACUGUGUUACUGAGGUCUCCGGUGAAAUGAAUAAAUGUGAAUGUGGCCGUAACUUUUUGAGAUCUUGUCAUCUGAAGAGACAUCAGCGCACUAUUCACUCCAAAGAGAAGCCUUAUUGCUGCAGCCAUUGUAGGAAGUGCUUUAGUCAGGCAACAGGGCUGAAAAGACACCAACAAACCCACCAGGGGGAGGAAAAGAGAGAGAAAGAUGCUGACAGACCUUCUGAUAUAUACCCUUGCACGAAGUGCUCCUUCUCUUUUGUGGCCAAAUUCAAUUUGUAUCAACAUCUGAAACGGCAUCACCAUGGAGAGUAUCUUAGGUUAGUUGAGAGCGGCUCGCUAACAGCAGGGACUGAGGGUGAUACAGAGAAAAAUUCUGACAAGCAUGACCCAACCUAUGAACCUUCUACUCGAGGGAGGAGGCCUGUGAAGAACACUUUAAGAGGCAGGAGUCGCCCUAAAAAAGUGCCUGUUGGACGACCAAGGGGGCGACCACCUAAAAACAAGUAUGCAGCUGAGGAUGAAGUGCAGAAGAAUUUACCUAUCUGCACAGAGUGUGAGCAAACGUUCUCUGAUUUGGAGACACUGAAAACUCACCAAUGUGCAGUACAAGAUAAUAAUAAGAUAGAGGAACCACAUGAAGCACCAGCUUCUCAGCAUGUCUGCGGUGAGUGCCUGAAAGCAUUCAAUAAUUUUGAUCUUCUCAAAGCCCAUGAGUGCAUUCAGCAGGGAGACGGAUCUUACUGUUGCUCCCACUGCAACCUUUACUUCAACCGUAUGUGUAACCUUCGUCGUCAUGAGCGCACCAUCCACUCCAAGGAGAAGCCCUACUGCUGCACGCUGUGCCUCAAGUCCUUUACCCAGUCUUCUGGCUUGAAGCGCCACCAGCAGAGCCACUCACGCCGCAAAUCCCACCGCCAGAGCUCAACCCUUGUUGAUGCCAGCAUCUUUCCCUGCACAUACUGCCCCUUCUCUUUCACCGAUGAGCGCUAUCUUUACAAACACAUCCGCCGUCACCAUCCAGAAAUGAGUGUAAAAUAUCUGAGUUUCCAAGAAGGGGGUGUUUUGUCUGUUGAAAAGCCUCACAACUGCAGCCAGUGCUGCAAGAGCUUUAGCACAAUCAAGGGCUUCAAGAACCACAGCUGCUUCAAGCAGGGAGAGAAGGUGUAUCUGUGCCCAGAUUGCGGAAAGGCAUUCAGUUGGUUUAAUAGCCUCAAGCAACACCAGCGCAUCCACACAGGAGAAAAGCCUUACACAUGUCAGCAGUGCGGCAAGAGUUUUGUCCACUCCGGACAACUGAAUGUGCACCUCCGCACACACACGGGUGAAAAACCUUUCCUGUGUUCAGAGUGUGGCGAAAGCUUUAGGCAGUCGGGAGAUUUGAGGAGGCAUGAGCAGAAGCAUUCAGGCGUUCGCCCAUGCCAGUGCCCAGAUUGUGGAAAAAGCUUUAGUCGGCCACAAAGUCUCAAAGCUCACCAACAGCUUCAUAAUGGCACCAAACUUUUCCCCUGCACUCAGUGUGGAAAAAGCUUUACUCGAAGAUACCAUCUCACCCGGCAUCAUCAGAAAAUGCACUCCUGACUAAAGUAGUAAUGAUUAAACUGAUGAAUUUAUGGAUGUCAUAUGAAAAGGUUGUUGUUCCUGUUUUAAGUUUGUCUUUAAUUCAGAUUUAAGUUCCUUUAAGACAAAAUUAUCUAGUUAUUGAAAAGAUCCUGUUCUUGUCUAGACUGUUAGACGGGUCUGAUCUAGGCAUUUUUGUGUAUAACGUAAUGGGGCACAAAAUUGCGGGGUGUAGUUGGUCCCCCAAAACACAGAGUCAUUAGGCUGGUUGUAAUCAAUUUGAGAAAACUUAGCUGAAGUCAAAACUUUAUUUUAUUAAUGACAAAAUGUGAAAUUGUUUAACAAUGUUCUUACGAUAAUAGUAAAAUAAUUUUGUAAAUGUAUGGGUUGCAAGAUGUUGCAAGAACUCCUGGGUUUGCAUAGAUGCGUAAAUGUUCAGGUAUUUUUUAAAUGUUCAAGCGUCAUGUCCCUCUGUGCAGCAGAAAAUGCAUACAAUCAUCUAUUGUUGUGCUACGGUUUUUCUUUUUUCUUUUUAGUUGCCAUACAACUGAUCUUAGGUGCAUUUCGUAUCGUUUAUCUCCCAUUAAAUAGUAGAUAUCAAGUAAUAAACUUGCACAGAUAAUUACUUUUCACCAUGAUUUACUGUGAUUAUGAUGUUGCAAAACUUGCAACCUGAAAGAGUUUUCAUCAGUCUGGUUUGUCACUAUUACUCUUUUAAUUUUGCUUUGGUUACAAAUGGGCCUCCUAAAAGAUAAAUAUUUUGAUGCUCAUUUGUACCGUGGUUACUGUCAUGUGUCUUUGCCAUACUUGUAUACUGUAUAAAAUGCUAUGUGUUUGUCUAUUUUAAAUUCAUCUUUGUCAUGAUGUGCACAAACCAGGUAGAAAAAAACCCUCCACCUCUAACCUUGACCACACCAAAGAGCUAGUUUAUCAGAAUGAUACAUGUGCAUGUUAUGUCUACAAGUUGAGAUCCUUCUAUCUUUCUAAUAUUACAAAUUAAAUGUUAUAUAAUAUUUACAUUUGACAAUUUUUUUUAUAUACAUAGUUUAAUUAUGUUCUAACAGUAUUGCAAAAGGCAACACCUGGUACAUGAAUUCUACCUUGCAGUGGCUGACUGUGCUUUUUAUCAGUUUACUGUUCAUAGAAAAUUUCAAAAUGUGGGUCUGCUGAUUUGAUUUUAAAGAUACCAUAAAGAUCACAUCAGUUUUUUUUUCUUGUGAUAAUGUAAAAUCACAUGAAUGAGGUUUUACUAACUCUGAAGGCCUCACUGAAGUGCUUUAUGUACUGUAUGUAAGAUUUAUACAUAAUGCCAUCUGUGUCACUGCUGCAAAAUCUCUCCAUAAACCCUUGGAAUUUAGAGAUUAGUGACCAUUUCAGAGAGCUAGAAGAUGCUCAUACAUGGUUGACAUGCACAUUGGUGCUAUGCAAAUUUCUGGUCGUCUUGGAAACAAUUUAACCUUCAAACACAUUUAUAAAAUAAAAUAAUUAAUUGAACAAGCUUUUUCUUUCUCUGCUCAUUGGCACAAUGUUUGACUAACAAAGAGUUAUCUAAUGCAGAGUAUGUAUUGCAAAUAUGAAUUUAAUCUGUUUUUUUUUUCUGAAUUUGUACCUCAAAGGCAGUCAGAUUAAACGCUAUG